GUUGGGGUCAGUGAAGAGGAAGUGAACGAAGCACUUUCUUACCGUGGAAAUGGCGCUUCGUGUUGAGAAAGCCUGAAGUCGGGAGUCUUUCGUUCCUGUUAGCAUUUUACAACUUAUUGAGGGUUGUUCGUGUGUGUCAUAUUUUAAGAAAAACAUCGGAUUAUGUCAGAGGAAGGAGAUAUUAUUCGGGAGAAACGAGGCCAAAGCUGCUCCGAAGUCUUCAUCCUUAGACAGUAAACAAUGCGUGAACUGACCGCCCAAGUCACCAGCAGCCUGCUGCCCUUCUCAGGAGUGACAGUCGACGCUCUAGGAGAGGAUGACAUCAGUCUGGACUGUGUCCUUCAGGGCAAAUUCACUCUUGGUCGUAGCGGGUUGGCCUGGCUGGCCUGUGGACCCCAUCUGGAGGUCGUUCAUGCGGUGACUGGAGAACGUCUGUCUGCCUACUGCUUUAGUGGCGGAGGAGAGAACCCACCUAGAGUUCUUGCUGCCAGGGACUUCAGCUGGCUCAAACGGUCUGGUUUGCUGGUUGGCCUGGAGGAAUCCGAAGGCAGCGUGUUGUGUCUCUAUGACCUGGGACUGUCUCGAGUGGUUAAAGCUGUGGUUAUACCUGGCAGGAUCACAGCUAUUGAGCCCCUUGUGAGUUAUGGUGGAGCGAGCACCUCCACACAGCACCUCCACCAGAGUCUGCGCUGGUUCUUUGGAAUCGCUGCUGUAGUAACAGAUCUAGGUCAUGUCCUGCUCGUGGACCUCUGUCUCGAUGAUCUGUCCUGCAGCCAAAGUGAACUGGAGGCUUCAGACCUGCAGGUGGUGACUAAAUCUCCUGCAGACAUCCCCGGGCUGAGGGAGGUCAGCACCAGAGAGGGCAGACAUCUUUGUCUACAGCUGAACCGGCCCAGCGGAGUCGGUGUCACUGCUCUACAGUACACCUCUAGGACCAAUCUGCUGGCUGUAGGAUUUUCUGAUGGGCAUCUACAGCUGUGGAACAUGAAGGCUCUAAAGAAAGAAUACCACUCACAGCUGGAUGGUGGUGGGGUGCCGGUGCAUGCCUUCACCUUCCAGGAACCAGAGAAUGACCCCAGGAACUGCUGCUACCUCUGGGCUGUCCAGUCCGCUCAGGACCUCGAGGGAGACACAGUCAGCCUCCACUUGCUGCAGCUGGCUUUCAGUGAAAGAAAAUGUCUGGCUUCUGGCAAGAUCCUCUAUGAGGGUCUGGAAUACUGCGAGGAACGCUACAGCCAGGAUUUAAGUGGCACAACGUUCCCUCUGAGAGCCCAGGCCUCAAAAACAUGGCUGCUGAGCUGCCAGACGAUUGAGAAAUUUCGGCCCCAUCCUGACAGGGACGACAGUAUGAAUGAAGUUGCAUCCCCAGAUACCAGUUUGUCCAUUUUCAGCUGGCAAGUCAGGUCUUACGGUCAGGGAGCACCGUCGACAUUUAUUGGGGUUUUUGACAUCAACCGCUGGUACCAUGCACAGAUGCCGGACUCUUUAAGAGCUGGGGAGUCUCUGCAGAACUGUCCCUACCUGGCUGUUUGGUCACUGGACCCAGUGGUGCAGAUGGUUUCUCCCCACUCUCUCCUCGAUGUGGUCGUCCACGAGCGCAGCCUGAGCAGAGGGCUACCCUUCACCUGCCCCCCACCCGAGCAGUACUUUAAUCCAACCACCUAUAACUUCGAUGCUACGUGUUUGCUCAACUCUGGAAUUGUGCAUCUAACCUGCUCUGGGCAUCAAAAAGAGACCUUAAGUUUUCUGAAGAAGGCUGCUCCUUGCUCCAGUGAUGUCAUCUCCACUAGCUACUCUCACUGCCUCAUGUCGGGGCUGCUGUCGUCCCGCCUGACUGAUACUCAGGCCUCCAGCCUCUCUUUGGAGGAGCAGCUUGAUGCCAUCUUGUCUACAGCUGUGGAGACCAGUUCUUUAGGUUUAAUCACUGGUUGUAUCAAACAGUGGACUGCAGAAGAGCAGCCUGGCUCAGCCCUGAACCUGCGCUACAUCCUGGACUGGGCUUGGAACAAAGUGGUCCAGACCAAAGAGGAGCUGGAUGGAAUCUGUGCGCCGCUGUUCGACAGCUCCUCCAACUUCACAGACCCUCAGACGCUGCAGCUGCUUCAGCACAGUCAGAGGCUCCUCGGUAACCUCAGUGCCAUCUUCCACUGUCUGCUCAGUGAAGCUCAGGAGCUGACACAAAAAGGUCUGGUGGGUCUGAUGAACAAAAACAUUGUGUCCAGUCUGAUUUCCAAGUAUGCUCAGGUGGUUCUCUGGUUUUGCCGUACCGGUCUGCUCCCAGAGGGACCAGAUGAAGAUGCACUCCAGAUUUCCAGACCUUUUUAUUCUCACUCAGUCAUCAGUAACUAUUACACCAUACGGAGAGAGGAGCUGACCAGGCUGGCCAAGGGUAAGUGGUGUGCAGACUGCCUCAUGAUCGACGGUUUGGUCGGCCAGUGCGGGGAUCAUUUGGUCAAUGUGUGGAAAAGGGACGAGGGUGGAACAGGGCAGUACCCACCACCCACGCUGCACGCCCUGCUUGAUAUUUACCUACUGGAGAACAUUGAUGAAGCUGCUAAACAUGCAAUUGUGAUUUACCUGUUGUUGGAUGUCAUGUACUCCUUCCCUAAUAAAGAUGGAGCAUCAGUGGAGUCUUUUCCCACAGCUUUUGCCAUCCCCAUUGGACUGGUCAAGCUGGUGCAGGGCCUCUGGCUGCUGGAUCAUCAUGAUCAUCAGAGCUCUUUUGAGCUCCUCUUGCAUCCUGCAGCUUCUCAGUUUUAUUUUGAGUGGCAGCACGAGCGCGUUUUGCAGGCGCUGAUGUGCCAGGGCCAACAGUCUGUGGCUCUUCGAUACUUCCACGUUACAAACCCCCCGCUCGCCUCCACCCCCCAGGCCAAACUCUGCCUGUCUGUGCUGCUACACAACAGGUGUCUCAUCGAAGCGUGGAGCUUACUUCGGCAGCAUUCCAAUCAUCUCAACAUCGCCGAGUUGUUGAGCUUCUUUUAUGAGAGCUGUCAGGAGCUGGGCCUCAUCAAAGAGCUGCUCAAACUGCCUCUGAGCCUCAACGAACAGGAAUGUUUAGAGAAGUUUCUCCAAGGCACCGGAGGUUUGCAGAACAGAGAGCUACUAUUGGUUCAUUACCUUCAGCAAGCCAACUACAUCCCUGCUCUACAGCUCAACAACAGCCUCAAACUAAACCUGGUGAAUGAAAGAGACCCGAAGCUUAAAGAACGAUCCAACACCAGAAACUCCAUAUUGGAUCAGUAUGGCAAAGUUUUACCUAGAGUGCAGAGAAAACUGGCGAUGGAGAGAUCCAAGCCCUACCAGCACCCCUACACCACCCACAGAGAAGUUUCUCAGCCCCAGCCGCUGUCCACCAUCACCAAGCGCUCUGCCAAUGAGAAGGUGAUGACCAGAGCCGGAUUCAUCCACAGUGUUCUCACCAAGGUGGAGGAGGUGUGGCUUGGCAAAGGGGCUACGCCACAACCCUCACCGGUCAAGAGCAGAAGGGCCGUCGAUUCUCAAAGCUCCAGUCCUAAGACGCCCGCCCAGUUUUUACCUGAUGCCUUCCUGGGAACUCCCAUCAGCAUCGCCUCCAAACGGAAGCCAAGGCUGGUGGACUUGAUGGUUCACCCUUCCUCCCAGUCUCCUCAGCUUCCACUCAGACCUUCCAGCUCCUGGAUUUCCCCAAAGAGCUUUAACAAAGCUCCUGAACUCAGAUUGCUGCAGACGCCACAGGUUGUCAAACGAGCUCGAGCUGUGGCUGCUUCCGGUCCUGUCUUUUCAGCUUUCACUCCUCAGUCCAUCCUGCGCAGCAGCCUGAGACCCACGCCUGUCGCUACACCUUCUGCCUCCCCAGGGCACUCCAUCACCCCCCCACUCCGCAGCAAAGAGACUCGGAUCACUUUCACUGAAGACACGGAGGCCCCUGAAGUGGAGAAGGGUAAUCGAUGGACUAAUGGGGUGGCAGCAGAGAGUGAGAUUAGCCAGCUGAGUAGAGGCUCCACAUUAUCCAAGGCUACGCAUAAGACCUGGUCUUCACAGCCAGCUGAGGAAGAAGAUGGUAGAGAUGAAGAGCAACUUCCUCAAGUGAAGUUCUUGUCUCCAGACCGUGGAGUUCCCUCAUCGGAGCGCAGAUGCUCUGAGAGGAACCAGGAAGUUGCUGCAGAUGCAGCACGGGCACAUCUCAAUCUGAGCUUUGACUCUAGCCAGGUCUCCAUUCGGUCCACAGACACCACCCUAGAGUUCUACGACGCUCCUCUCUCAGAAGACCACAGAGAAGACAGCGGUGACGAUGAUGGUGUGGUCACAAUUAAUAUCAAGCGUCUGACUGAAACGAAACCAGAAGAAAAUCCAGGAGCAAAUGUUGAACAAAGCCUUCGCCUCCCAUCAGAGGAUGAGGAGAAGGAGGGCGAGCCCUCAGAGGACGUGAUGAGGAGCGAUUUAAAUCGGGAGGAAGUAGAGUCUAAGCAGGAGGAGGAUCUGAAUUUCAUAUCAAUCUGCAAACAAGAUGUUGCAACUGUUAACCAGGAAGAACCAUCUGUGGACCACGAAGCUGUUGGUAACCAGGUAACUGAGAGCUCAGAAGACAAAUCUGAGGAUGUUCCUUUGAAAGAUGAAGGCCCCAAUGUCAAGUUGGAGGCUGCAGGACCCCCUGAGCUCAGCUCCCAACAGACAAAACCAUCUGAAGUACUGGAAACCACAAACGAUCCAGCAGGAGAUCCGAAUCCAUCAGCAGAUCUGACAGAGUUUGUGCAUCAGCACCUGUUUGGCGGUGAUCUGUCUCCUCCGCUCAGCCGCUCAGGGAUCCAUCAUGCAUCUCUGUCCAGGACUACCUUAAACAGCGAAUCAGUGGGAGAGGCAGACGAGGAGGACGGGGCUCCAGCAGAAGAUGUCUUGGUGUUCUCCACCCAGAAAUCUGUGACAUCCUCAGAGCCAACAGGGACUGAUUCCCACUCUGUUGUUAGCGUCAACGAUAGCGAAGAUCUGUCCAGUCCUGCGUCAGAAGAGGAGGAAGAAGAUGAUGAUGAAGAUGAUGAUGAUGGAGAUAUUGCUGAGGAGGACUCAUCUGAUCAAGCUGAGGUGGAAGAAGGAGGCGAGGAGGAAGAAGACUCUGGUAGUGAGGUGGAGAUCAUUGAGGAGGUCCAGGGCAAUGGGAGGCUGCCCCCACUCUUGGCCACCUCUGCUUUUGUGGAGCAGGAACACACUCACUUCCUGUCAGAGCAGGAAGUUGCUGAGCUGUCUCUGAUCACAGCUGGAGCACAGAUGAAGAUGGUAGAAGACGACAUGGAGGGUGAAGUUGUGAUGGUGAGGCUCGGUGCUGAUGAUGACGAUGAUGAUGAGCACAUAAAUCCAGAUCCAGAACAGGGAUCGUCCUACAUGGAGCUCAAACCUACCACGCUGCUGGUGCCCUUAGAGCUGGUGGAAGGUCAGCACAGCCUGGCACACGGCGCUCCGAUGAGCCUACCGGAGCUUCAGCCGGAUGAGACCGACGAGCCACCAUCCAACGCUCACAGCAGCUUCACAUUGAUGCUGGAUGUGGAUGAAUACGGGGUUAAAGAGGUGGGCAUGCUGCCCAUAGAGAACGACCCUCCCAACCAGCUUCACACAGAGAACAACGAAGAAGAGGUUCUGACCAAGCCUGAUGUCAUUUCUUUGGCCACAGAUAGCACGGAUCCUUCCGUGUUUGCUGAAGCAUCACAGGACCAAAAGGAGCAGAUGGAUGGAAAUGAUCUUGGUGGACUGAGGGAAGAGGAGCUUGUUGAACUCCAAAACGACUCCUGGGCUCAAGACACUGCAGCUACGCUGGAGACCGAAGAUGCUGGAGGACCAAAAAAGCUGCAGUUAGUGAUGCUGCCUGAAGAUCAUGAAUCUGCAUCUGUUCCAGUUCCUGCAGCAGAAGAGGAGCUUCCAGCAGCUGUGGACGAUGUUGACUUUGUGGAGAAGAUGGUGCCUGUUGAUAGGGAGGAGAGAGAGGCGAACAAACCCACUGAAGAGGAGCAGAAAUCAGAGAACGGUCCUGUUGGCGUUGACACAGAGAUGGAAACGGUGGAGGCUGUUGUAGAGGAGGAGGAGGAGGAACAAAAUCCUAAAGCUAAAGCCGAUACCAAAGCAGAGGAGAAGACGGAGCAAAGAUCUAGUAGAAGAACCAGGAAUAAAAGUGUGGAAGAGAAAUCUGUGGAGCCAGUUUUGAUCCCAGAAAACCAGACGCACAAACGGGUGCCUCAGACUCCCACCUCUCAGAGGAAGAGCGCUCUUUCUGCACCAACACGAAGAGUAACUAGAGGAAGGUCCGUUAGCUUCAUCUCCACUCUAGUUGAAGAAGAGGAGGGUGAAAAAGACAGUCAGGUCCCUGUCUCCACCAGUCGUUCCCUCAGAAAAAGUGAACAAGUUAAAGAAACCACAGUCCAGUUGAGCACACCCCGAAGAAGCACACGUAAAACUCUGCCAGAGGUUCCUGAAGAUGAGAUGGAAGCGAAGGAUCGUAGCAUUUUAGUUACUUCAGCCUCCAGGACUUCUUCUCCAGCCAGACUUUCACAAAAGUCUGCUGUGACGCGGACGAGCAAAAGACUUCUAGGUAGCAGCAGCAAGAAGCCUGAGGGGGCAGAAACCGAAGGCAAGGAGGACCAACAGAACGCCGUUGUAGAAAAAGCAGUAAGUCGCGGCUCCAAAACUCCGAACCUGUCCAGAUCCAGGACGGUGGAAGUCGACACUCCCAGGAGAUCCAGCAGAAGGACGACGACGACCAGCAGUGAGACGGCGCCAACGCCACUCAAGAUGGUCAAAGAGGAGGAAGAGCAUGAUGUCUCACCUACUGGACGCAACUCCAGAAGGACAAAGUCAGAGACGCCAACAGCUGUAGAGGAGGACAGGAAACGGCACCUUUCCAGCCGUGGGAGGACGACUCGACAGUCCGGCCAGAUCACCCUGAAUAUGUUUCCACAAGUGACGCUGGUUCCUGUAUCCCGCCCUCAGAGCAACAGGAAGAUGAAAAGAGAAAGCGUCGCUGAAAACAUCCAAGAAAGCGACGAUCUUCUCCAGCAGGAGCGAAACAAAAACACAAGUCAGACAAAAUCCCGUUGCACAACUAGAAGCAAACUUUGGCACCACCCAGAGGAAGAUCUGCCCCUACUGGACUCACCCUUAGAGGUGGAUUCUGAAACUCCUGUCGCAGACGCCCUCAUCAGGAGACUUCAGGAUGAGGAGGAGAGGCAGAAGGGUGGAGAUGUCACAACAUCAGCAACAGCAGGCCGAACCAGGAGCAGAACAAAAUCAUCUCAGCCUCCCGUAGGUGGAGCUCAGGAGGAGCAGGAGUUUCUUACAGACGAGGUUUCAUACAUCUACUCCCCUUCACGGAUAAGAGGAGGAGCCCCUAGAGCCGAGUCUGCAGCACCGGUGACACGAAGCAGGAUGAGAGGGAAACACCCUCAGGAUAAAACCGCUUCAGACGAGGAUCACAAAGAAGUGAAGAAAGCCAGAAAUGCAACUAAAACCAGAGGAACAAGCAGACGAGCGGUCAGAUCCAGGUCUGUUCCUGAACCACUCCCCGUAGCAGAGGUGGAUGUGAUCUCCCCGAUGCCCAGUCCUGAUCCGCUCCCACAAGCUGUCAAGAGGAUUAAAGGAGGAGAGGCCCCGACCACCAGCAGGAACCUUCGAAACAAACGCGUUUUGGACACCGUUUUUAAAAAACCCAUCACCCGCAGAAGGAAGCUGUGAGGAGGGCAGUGGUGUUUGCAACCAGUGAACCUCAGCAUGCCGCCUGAAGACUAAAACCAAACCAGUUAUGAGCUGUUUUGACUCAAACCGAUGCCUGAACUCAUGAUGGUUCUGCUUCUUCAGACGCAUCAUCACUUAACUUCCCUGCCAAAUUUAAAAUAAACACCCUGUAGCUGAAAUAAUAUAUAUUUUUGAGACUAAACACUCACGGGUGGGGGGGGGGGGGGGGGGGUCGUGUGAUAAAGGCUUUAUUUUUGGAGUUUACUUUUCCUUCUCAAACCAACUUCAUGUCACUCUUCAGCUGGAUUUCUGAUCACAGGAAGUAAUAAAACAACCAACCAGUGUGUUUUUAGAGGCUGGACUGCAUCUGCCUCAUCAUUUAUACUCUAGGGUUUUGUUGUUGAUGUUGCAGUUUUAAUAAUUCAAGGCCUGCUGGGUUUUUUUCUAUUUAAGAGGGAAAAUAAAGCAGCCGACUAGUGGAGGUUAAUUUCUACUGCUAGAUUUGUAAAUAGUCAUUUGCAAUGUUCCAAAUAAAGUUAAUAAAGAAAUCCUCAAGAAUUAUGUUUAUUUUGAAUUUAAGAGUUUCUUGGGUGCAACCGACCGUCUUAUCUGACCGAUUGCCUUUUGCUUUAGUCUUAAACGUUCAUUCUGUGUGUGAAAAUGUCUCUGCUGCAGAGAACCUCCUAUAAAAAUAAUCGCUCAUCGAUAAGUCGAUGUGAACUGUAAUUUGGGAAAUGUUAAUAAGAUUGUUAAUUGAAUUGAUGGUAAUAACCAUCUGGAUGCAGACUAUUUUCUGAUGAAUGUAUGUAGAAUGUCUUAUUUUUAUGACUGACAUUUGAUAAAUAUGGAAACCUUUAAAGCUUGGGUUUGAUGGUGUCAGAGGUGUGUGUGUGUCAGUGUGUGUGUCAGUCAGUCACAGCUUUUAAACAUUUUCUAACAUUUUUACAGUCUGGAAAGGUUCUAGUCACACACGGCUGUAAUUGUAGGUGUACAAGCCCCCCCCCCCCCCCCCCAUCACUUCCUGUUUGUGCAUCGCCGUCUUAAUAACCCUCUUAUGACCAUAGUUAUAACAGGGCCGCCUGGUAUUUUUUUUUUAUCUUAUGGCUGUAAAAUUGUAAUAAAAAGUGCUAAGUGUGUGUAA